UGGUGCGUUGAGCUGCCUGUCGGAUCGCUGAUCCGCGUAUCGUACGAUGGGGAUGCCAUGGACCACGCCAGGAUCGUGCUCUGGCCAAGCCGUCGCCGAGACGCACGGGGGCGGCUGCGGGGGAAGUCGACGUUUUGGGUGCAGUCCGCCGACGGUGACGUGUGGGAGGAGGACCUGAGCGGGAAGAGUCCCGCGACGGGGCCUUCGGGAGGAUCCAUCCUGGACCAGAUGGCGGGGGACCCUCCAGACGGUCGCCGCUUGUACAGGUCCCGCCAGCUCCCGAGCCUGGACGAGAUCCUGGAGCGCGCGGCGGAGUGCCGCGAGACCAUGCUUGGCCGUGGCCAGCGGGAGUUCGAGGGCGCGGAGCGUGUGAUGCUUCCCGACGGUGUUGAGCGACCUGGCCGAGAGUAUUUCCCAUGGUUGAUGGGAGCGCGGCCUUGGGUGCUGGCGGAGCCGCUGCCAGGGGUGCCCGUUGGCACGGUGGUGGACCCCUUGCCCGAGGGCGUGGUGCGCGCCGGCAGCCAGGUGGACGCGGACGGCAUCGUCGAGUGGGCUGCUGGUCGCCUGGUGGAGCUGCGAGGGCUGCUUGGAGCCGCCCCCUUGCCGGGGCCCGCGGGGUCCGUGGUCGGCGGCGCCGAGACCCCUCCGCCCCGGGCGCCAGCGGACCACCCUGGUCCCGAUCACCUAGCUGCCAAGCUGGGUCUCGCUGAUGAGUCUGAUGCUCGGGGGGAGGCCGCGCCCGAGGAGCCCAACAAUGACGUCAGAACGCUCUGGGUCGACUGGGGCGAGCAGGGUGAGCGGAGUAAGGACUUCCGCCGCGCCGUGGCCGAGAGCUCGAACGUAGAGUGGGACCACCGUCGCCUGCCCUCGGAUCGGACGUGCCUCCACACGUGCAAGAUCAUGAUGAACUUGAACGGCUCUCCUCGAGCCUGGCUGGAACGUUUCCUGAGGGGGAAGGGGAUAUCGUCCACGGACAGGGUGGCCCACGAGCUCAGGGUGCCCUGUGACAUCCUGGAGGAGGCUGGAGAAUUCGACCAGCUCUGCUUUGGUGGUUUGGCGUGCUUGGAGGUGGCGGCCCUUCGAUUGAAUCUGUUGGUCGAUGCUCACAAGACCAGCGGCGCGGCGGCCUACUCCAAUGCGAAGUACCUCUCGCCUCUGACGGAGGUGGGCCAGCUCGCGGCGCCAGGCUUGCGCUCACACGUGUCGAGGCGCGCCAAGGAGGAGCAUGAGCUGCUGCAGGGUGACAAGAAGGCCGAGGCGGUCGCAUCCCCCUGUCCGUCCCGCGGGGCGGCGCUCAGUGCGUUGCUCAAGGGGUGCUCGAUCUACGACGCAUCGGGCUCCCCGAGGAACCUGGCCUCCUUCGUCCGUGACCGCGUGUCCUUGCCCCCGUCGAUUGUCGGCUGCCGCCGGGUGGAAGACGUAGUGGGCGAGGCUGGUCGCACUUACUUGGAGGAGAUUCACAAGCGCAUGAGGCGGCCGAUCCACGAGAUCGGUUUUGACAACUCGCCGACUCCGUUUUUCGACCCGCUGCUGAAGCGGAACAAGAAGAAGUGCCACAGUUUUUUGAAUGAUCUCACGUCGCGAGGUCUCUUGCUGGCAACUUUGACGCCUUCUGAGCAGGCUGGCUUCUUCUUCGUGAAAAAGUCUGACGGGCGCAAUAUGCGCAUGGUAGCGGACGCCCGACGUGCCAACGCCUGGUUCAACGUGCCGCCCAGCGUGCAGCUCCUCUCCUGCGAGGGCUUCGGGCGCGUGGAGGUGCGGCUCCCCGAGGGCGUGGCCAUCGGCUCCGCCCGCGCGGAGGAGCUGCUGGGCAAGUUCAGGCUCUUUCUGGGGAUGACGGACGUUAAGGAUUGCUUCUACCGCGUGCGGAUCCCCCUGAGCCUGGCGAAGUUCUUUUCGCUGCCGGCCGCGCCCGCCCACGCCCUGGGGCUUGCCGGCCAGGAGCUCGAGGGGGCUCGGCUGGGGCCGGACACCCUGGUCUUUCCGUGCAUCGGCGCGCCCCCCAUGGGCUUCUCGUGGUCGCUCUUCCUGGCGCAGGAUGCCAGCGAGGAGAGAGUGGUCAGCUCGAGCCCUUGGCCGGGAGGAGAUAUGACGAUCUCCGAGAGGCUGCUCAUGAGCGACCGAGGGCCCCCGCUGGUCAUGGACGUCGAGCCUGGCCGUGUUGGAGGGGCCUACGUGUACGUCGACAUCCUGGGCGAAGUCCUCGAUCAGUGGGCGGGGCUUUUUGAGGGGGUCGGCCUCGACCUGCGCAAGAGCUCCGUGACCUCGGGCGCGUGCGAGGCUCUGGGGACCAAGCUGGACCUCGAGCUGAUGAGAUCGGGCGUGAGCGACGGCCGCUUCUGGAAGGUGUGCAUGGGGCUGGGGGGCCUGCUGGCGCGCGGCCGCGCGACGGGGCGAGCCCUGGAGGUGGUGCUCGGCCACUGCGCCUUCUGUGGGCUGGCUCUGCGGGGCUCGUUGAGCUGCUGGCGCGCCUCCUACCGCUUCAUCCAGCGGCACUACCUCGAGCCCGCUCGCCUGUGGUCCGAGGUCGUGAAGGAGGUGAAGAUGUUCCGCGGCCUGCUCGUGCUGAUGGUGCAGGACUGGUGGCGCCCGUGGAACAGCUGCGUGCUCCAGACCGACGCCGGCGAGAGCGGCUGGGGCAUGGCGCAGUCGUUCUGGCCGCCCCGCGCGGUGGAGGAGGUCGGGGGGCUGCCCGAGCGGGCCCGCUUCCGCUCCGCGCAGGGAAGGCCUGCGCGAGAGAGCGCGCUCGCAGCCGCCAGCCUGGCCCAGGAUAGCUCGGGGAUGAUCCGCAGCAUCGAGAGUGUGAUACAUGAGGAUUCCUCGGAGCCCGAUGCUUUGUCCGCCUGGGAUGUUGAUCCUGAUUUUGCCGAAGUCCCCUGGGACGCGCUUGUAGUCCGGGAGCCGCCGCUGCCUGCAGGCGAGGCUCCCUCGGACAGCGGUGGGCUCGCGAGCACUGACGGCCAGACGCGUGGCGAGCCCCGUGCGCGGGCUGGGCCGAGGGGCGCCCAGACGCCGGCCGCCCCGCCUGCGGCAGGGCGCCGACGCGCGCUGGUGCCGGCCCCCUCCGCCGUGCCAGCGAGGGCUGCACGGGCGGAGCGGCACUUCUCGGCGCUGGACGACAGGGGCGCCAACGGCCAGGACCUCGCUGGAGACGGAGGGGAGGCCGCCGAGGGCGACAGCAGCUCCAGCGGCUCCGACUCGGUGAUCGAGCACUCGGGGCGCGGCCGCGUGCGGAUGCGGCAGCUGCGCGCUCGGAGGGCGCAGAGGCGAGCGAAGCUGUGCGCCGACGCGAUCCUUGCUGCUCAGGAAGCCGGGGUGAGCCUCCUGGAGACCUUGGCCGUGGCGCGGCCGACGCAGGUGAGGCACCAGCGUUACCUCGAUCUCUUCUACUCGCGUGUCGGCCUGAAGCGGGAGGACAUCCUCGCGAAGGCCGACGCAGAGAUCGACGAGCUGUUUUGCAACUACUUGACCGACUAUUAUUCGCAGGGCGAACAGAGCAGCUACGGGGAUUAG